CGAAAAGAAACACAUUAUUUAAAUGUAUAAAUUUUUAAAUAAAAUAAUAUUUUUGUAAUAAGAUUAAUUACAGACCGGUAAUAUUUCUUGUCACUGACAGUCAUUCGCUUUCUCUUUUGCACAUUAUUUCAAAAUGGCAGCCCCUACGGAUGAGCUGAUUUUGCUUGAGCGAGUAUUUUUCCGUUUGGGAUCUGCAGAUACUGAUGAACAAUUACAAGCAUCAGUAUGUAAAUUCUUGCCACCAGUUUUAUUGAAACUUUCUAGUGCUCAAGAAGGUGUCAGAAAGAAAGUAAUGGAGUUAUUAAUUCAUAUAAAUAAAAGAAUAAAGAGUAGACCGCAAGUUCAAUUGCCAAUUGAAACGCUUUUACUGCAAUAUCAAGAUCCAGCUGCCAGCUCGUUUGUAAUUAAUUUUACAAUUAUAUAUAUAAAAUUAGGAUAUCCUAGAAUGAAAGUGCAAAAACAAGCUGAGUUAAUUCCAAGUGUAUUAAAUGCUAUUGAAGGAAAACCUCUAUCACAUCAAGACAGUCUAUUACUUAUAAUUAUGCCAGCAUUGGGGCAUGUUAAUAUUCCUGCUGAUCCAGACAAACGAACAUCUUUCCUUGGUUUGCAAGACAAGCCAUAUGUAUCAAAACAGUUACUUAAUUUUAUGCUUGAUGUCUUAUUGUUACCUUAUGGAUCUGUAGGACAAAUACAAAAUCAACAGUCAGAUCAGGUUAUUGAUUGGUCGAGAUUUCGUGUACCUCUAGGAUUAAGUGAAUAUGCAUUUAAACGAGUGAUUGGUGAAAAUCCACCAACAGCAGAGCAACUUGAACAAACAAAAUUAGGAAUUGUAAAAUUCUUAGCUGGAGGAUUUUUUCCUGAUUCAGAUAUUCUUAUACAUUUGAUAGUAGCUGCUGCAGAUACUAGAUUUAGUGUUGCUAAUCUAGCAGAUUUGGAAUUGAAAAAAAUUGUUAACACAUUAGAUUGGUCUUCGAUGCAUUUGGCAGCGCCACUUUAUACAUUAUUUUUGGGUACUGAUACUUUAGGUAUUCAAAAAGAAGUUAAGCCAGAAAUGAAAAGAUUGCCUGCAGGAAUACGAAUUCGUCUAAAAUUAUUACAUUAUCUUUGCCGUGUUACUAAAGCCGGUUUUAUUAUACCACCAUGUAUUCAGGUAGUUUUUCAUUCCUUGCAAGAAGGUGAUGGAAAAACUACAAAUGCAAAGUUAAAGUCAAUGGCUUUGCAAUUUACAUCUAAUAUUGUGCAACAGUGUAGCCUUGCACCAUUAUCUCGUAUAGCAGGAAUUAUUUUAAAUGGUAUGAUAAAAUUAAUUUUUGAGGGUGAAGAUAUUCACCAUAAAAUGAUGGCAUAUACUGUUAUUGGACAAUUAGGACAAAGAAUUCCAUCAGUAAUAGAUAAAAACUCAAACUUGUUAUGUCAUUUAUUUGAUACACUUGUAUCGACCGAUGGUGAUUUACGAAGAACAGUAAGAGAUACGCUGAUUUCAAUAACAUCUGCAUUUGUACUUAAUAAAGAUGAUGAAGUUAACAUAUCUUUGAUGAAUGGAUUAUUAUCUACGUAUAUUGAAUCACCGAAAUCUAAUGUUAGAUUUGUGGCAAUGCACUAUGCUGCUAAUGUAUUUCCUCCUGACGAUAUACCUUCUCGUUACCUUUUAUUAUUGGCGUCUGGAGAUGAUAAAUAUGAAAUAAAAACAGAAGCUAUAAAAGUUUUAUAUAGCACUACGCACAAGAAUGAACAUGAUGAGCAAAAAUGUAAUCAAGUUUCUUUACCAGAUUUUCAAAAACUAGUUACUUAUAUUUAUUCAAAGAUGCAAGCAAGGAUGUCAACUGGUGGUAAUGAAAAAAUGAAUAUAGAAAAUAAAGUACUUCCUUACAGUAUCACUGUAUUUAUAGAGAUAAUUACUUACCUCCGUAUGUGUUUAGCAAGAAGUGCUAAUAGUCCUAAAUACAGUGGAUCAUUACUGCCUUGUGAAUAUACGCCAUUAAUUACAUAUUAUUUAAAAAAUUUAUGUAAAGAUGAACUAGAGACAUUAAAUCAUUACCUUGAUAUGAUUUUAAUUUUUAGUCAUGCUUCUGCAGAUCAAACUUCAUUACAAGCUUUAUUGGAAGUGAUUGGUUCUGUUCCACAAUUUGCAACAAGAAUUUAUGAAAAUGAGUUAUCAUGGCUUCGUACUUUGCUUAUAUCUACAAAGUUGGAUGUAAGACAACUGGUUGCUAAAAUUUAUGGUAUAAUAACUACUCAACUUCCUAAUAGUGAAUUUGAAGCUCAAGUUUCUGAAAUUAUGAGCAUCAUGGAUAAAAAUUCUUUAGAAGCCCAACAUGGAUCAUUGUUAACUUUAACAUUUAUGAUGGAAAGAAGACUAAUUUUUAAAAGAAAUGACAUGAACAAUGAUCUUUUUAACUGGGAUCUUUACAUUAAUGUUGUAAAAAUGAUAUGCAAUUUUCUUCGGAAUAAUACGGUUUUAUUAAUGGACGCUGCAAUUCAAAGUAUUGGUAUUUUGGGGAAAACAUGUGGGUUACCAUUACCUGAUGAAGGGGAAGGAGAAACAAAUAAAAAAGCAAUUGUAGAAAUAUUAUUUUCAACAUUAAAUAAUGUAAAAUUAAACACUAAGAUUAAAGAAAAAGCUGCACUUUCGUUAGGUUAUUUGUGUGUAGGAGAGAAUUUUCCUCAUACAUCAUACAUAGUGAAUAAAAUAAUUGCAACUGUCAAGGAGACAAAAGACAUCGAGAUCCACUUGAUUAUGGGAGAAGCAUUGGUUUGUUGUGUUCAAGGUGAAGCAUCUCCAGAAAAACGAGAUGCCUGGACAACAUUACCAACUGAACAUAAAAUACCUUAUAGUAAUACUAGUACAGAAUUAUUAAUACAAACAUUGAAUGAAUUACUUCGGAUGUAUAAAGAUCCGCAUCCUAAUUUGAGACAGGCCGUCUGUGUGUGGUUAUUAGCACUUCUAAAAUAUAAUAUCGAAAGGGAGUGUAUUAAAGAAAAAUUUUCGUCAUUGCAUCAUGCAUUUAUGGAUUUUCUUUCAGAUGAUAGUGAUAUAGUGCAAGAUAUGGCAGCAAAAGGACUCAGUCUGAUACAUAUUAAUAGUAGCCAGCAACAAAAGGAACUUCUAGUUUCUAGCAUAUUACAUCAAUUUACACAAGGACGUAAAAGUGUACCACAAGUUACAUCAGAUACAAAAUUAUUUGAAGAAGGUCAAUUAGGAAAAUCUCCAACAAAUGGUAAUUUAUCGACGUACAGAGAAAUUUGUUCUUUGGCUACAGAAUUACAAAAACCUGAUUUAGUAUAUUACUUCAUGCAUCUAGCAAAUCAUAAUGCAGUAUGGACAUCUAAAAAAGGUGCUGCAUUUGGAUUUGCAGCAAUUGCUAAAGUUGCAAAUGACGAGUUAAAUAAAUACUUACCCAAUAUAAUUCCACGCUUAUAUAGAUAUCAAUUUGAUCCUACUCCUAAGAUUCAGCAUAGCAUGUCUAGUAUUUGGCGUGCCAUCGUUCCAUCAACAACUAAAGCUGUUGAACAAUAUCAUAAAGAAAUUCUGAAUGAUAUAACUGAAAAUUUAACAAAUCAUGAAUGGAGAGUACGAAUUAGUUGUUGCAAUGCACUUGCAGAUUUACUAAGAAUAAAUGUUCGUUUAAAUUUGGCAAAAUGUGCUCCAGAAUUGUUGAAAAAAUUAUUUCGAGUAAUGGAUGAUAUUCACGAAGGUACUCGAUUAGCUGCUAUAAGUACGACUAAAGCAUUAAGUAGGGUUUGUGUCCGAUAUUGUGAUUCUUCCUAUGGUAAAGAAGGAGAAGAAGUUUUACAAGCAAUUUUGCCUGUAUUAUUAAAUAUCGGAAUCGUUAACGUUGUAAGCAACGUAAGAACAAUAUCUUUGCAAACAGUAUCUCAAUUAGUUUUAAGAGCAGGUAUUUUGCUUAAGCCAUCUUUAGUUACACUAAUUCCUGCUCUCUUAAGUGCAAUUGGCGAAUCAGAAAAUCCAAAUUUAUCAUAUUUGAGUAAUGUCUGUGGAACAAUGUCAGAAGCACGAGAUGCCAUUGAUACUAUUAGAGCUGGCGCUGCCAAGGAGCAUUAUGCUACUGAAACAAUGACGAAAUGCAUACAAUACAUUGAUGCAGAGAUUUUGAAGGAAUUAAUGCCAAAAGUGAUAGAAUUAAUAAAAUCUAGUAUCGGUUUUGGAACAAAAAUUACAUGUUUGCAUUUUAUCGUCCUUUUGAGUACUCACUUCAAACAGGAAUUACAACCUUAUAGUGGUAAAGUUUUAAAUGCACUAAUGAACGGGUUAUUGGAUCGUAAUUCUAUUGUUAGAAAACAUAAUGCAGUCGCUAUUGGACACAUAGUUGGAUCAGCGAAGGAAUCAAGUCUUGAAAAGUUAUUUAAAACACUUAACACAUGGUACAUGGAACAAGAUGAUUCAACCAAAUUAGCAAUUGGACAAACAUUCCAAGCUAUAAAUAAUUAUAAUCAGGAGGUAUUAAAGAAUUAUUCGAAUAUCGUUAUACCUCUUACUUUCUUUGCAAUGCAUGCACAAAAAACACAAGAAAAUGAAAGUAUGAUCGAUUUGUGGACCGAACUAUGGAAUGAAAUAACUCCAGGGACAGAAGCAGGGAUCAAACAAAAUAUAGAACCAAUAACAAAUAUUUUACGCGUUUCAUUAGAAUCAUCAUCAUGGAAUACGAAAGCGCAAGCAGCUAAUGCAGUUCAUACGUUAGCACAAAAAUUAGGUAGCGACAUUGAUACAGUUGUCAGAAAUACUUUGUUAAAGGUGUUAACAGAUGGACUACGCGGGAGAACUUGGGAUGGGAAAGAUCGUUUGUUAAAUGCUCUCGCUACGCUGGCAUGUAAUAGCAAGACAGCUUUCAAAGAAAAUAAUGACUUAUCUACGGAUCUAAUACAAAUAUUACAUAGGGAAAGUAAGAAAGAAGCUUUAGAAUAUCGCCGACAAGCUUUACGUGCUUUUGGAACAAUCCUGCAUGAACUGGAUAUUGAUAAAUUUAAAGAAGUAUAUGAAAUUGUUCAAGAAAUUUUAUCAAUGCUAUCAAAAAAAGAUGAAGAUGAAUCUUUAGCGUCUGAAGAAAGAAUAAAAAGAGAUGAAAUCAUAAAAUUAUAUGAAACCAUUUAUGAAAUACUUGGAAAAGCUUGGCCAUCAUCUAAAGAUACUCAAGACAAAUAUUGUAUAGAAUUUAUAACUCAUUACGAUAUGAUGUUUCCUAUUCAACCUACAACAAUACAAAUAUCAAUGUUAUCAGCGCUUAAUUUAUUUGUGGAUAAACUCGCCUUACUUACAAUAAAUAUUUCGGAAUUGUCAGUUGAAGAAAGAGGAACGUUAAAUUUGAUUUGUGACACGUUUAAUAAAAUAUUAAAACAUAGUAUAGGUAUUUCAUACACUAGAAUAAGGAAAGAAGCCUUAAAUAUAGCUCUAUCUCUUGGCAAAAAGUUACGAUUUACUAAAAAUGAUGAACAAUUUGAUAAAAUGAUUUUAAUAAUUCAAGAAAUAUUACCAGAGUUAUUGAAAGAUACUGAGCCAGAAAUUCGAACUAGAAUCAUCGAUAUUAAAGAAAUGCUGAAAAUAUGAAAACAAUAAUUAAUUUUAGUACUUUUUAAUCAAUGUUGCUGCAUAUGCCUAAAUAGUAACUUCAUCUUCAGACACUUCGAAACAAUGAUAAUGAAAAUAUAUAAUGUCUGCUAAUACAUGUUUAUUUAAUAACACUUAUUACAAAUAUACAAUUGCAUAGUAAUACAUAAUUUAAUCAAUA